AAUGGCCAUGGUUCACAGUUCCAUCUUCUCACCCAACUUCAUCCAUCUUCAACCUUCAACAAACUCCAUAACCAAAAUCGCCUCUUCUUUCCCAUCUUCUCCAACUAAAUAUCACAAUAAUUUGAAUUCGCACACAAGAAACUUCCGAUUGCCUAGAGUCGCUUCGAUUCCACAUCCACCGAUCAACGUCGGUUACCUAGAAACAGAAUUCAGUGGCCAUGGCGCCUCCUUCACAAGCCUCGGGGAAAGCUGCGUUGUCAGGAUGGGGCUGGACAACGGGAGUGUAGCCACUCUCAUGCUGCCAAGUGGACUGAUUACAUCCUACAAGGCGCCGAUGUGGCAUGGAGGAUUACUGGAAUUGCUGCAUACGUCGGUGUCUGAGGGAGAGGACGGCGGUGGUGCGGUGAUUCGUGGUGGCGUUUCCUUAGCUUUCAGAUGUGAAGGAGGUGGUGAUGAAGAAAAUGGAGAGAUCUCAUGGUCUCCGAGUAUUUGGAGUCUUCGCAAUGUUGGAGGAAGUCCUCAAGGGUCCAUUCAGGUAGAACUGAUCGCUAGCGAUUCAGAACACAAAAUCCAAAUCAAACACAUUGUGACUCUGCAAAAUGAUGCCAUAAGCUCAGAGAUUGUGAUUACCAACUUUAGACCAUCGUCACUCCGACUAAUGGGGUCGAUCAUCGGUCACUUGGCCGUAAGCACCCCAGAAGCAACUUUUGCCGUCGGGCUCGAGAGUUCCAAUUACUUCGUUAAGCCACCGAUUUUCUCAAACUUUAGUAUAAUUCCUCCUGAUUUCAACAAGAAUGAUUCAGAUUCCAGAAACUCGUGGGGUCCAACUGCGUUCAAGCAACUGCUGUCGGGAUGGGGGAUGGGAAACCCUAAUGAUGGCCGCGGCGAUAAGGGACAAAAAGAUGAGGAGAUGGAGGGUGAAGAGGAUGGUAACUACAAGCAUUUAACCGAGAAACUGAGCUUGAUCUACACCAGUGCUCCUAGGAGUUUCACCAUCAUGGACAGGGGUAAAAGGAACUCGGUUGUAUUGGGUAGAGAAGGCUUUAAUGAGUUGUACCUUUUCAGCCCCGGCUCGAGCCACAAAUCAUAUGGCAAGUACUCAUAUAUAUGCAUCGGUCAGGCGGCAUUGCUCAAACCGGUAACCAUAGGUCCAGAAUCCGAAUGGAGAGGGGUGCAACACUUGCACAACCCGAAUCUUUAAGCGUAUGUACAUUUUCUUGUUACAUAGAGAUUACUCAGUUUGAAAAUUCCAUGACCAAUUUCUAGUAAUAAAAAAAAAGGUUACCAUUUCAUGAUUGCUUGGGUCAUAUUUGAUAACCAUAAACUAACUUAUUUUUUGAGCUUAUUGAAAAACCAUGUAUUAUAGUAAACUAUAA